AUGGUUAUGGGGGAUAACGAAGGACAUAAGAAGAGAGCCCGGGAAGAGACAGAGGCUAACUCGGUGCCCAAUACAAAACUCGCUCGAGUUGACUUGGACGAUAAUAAGGGUCCCGACUCCGACUCUCCCGAGGCUACUCGUGUAGAACCUGAUCCUGAUGAUGGAGAAGAUAAUUUGCCGGAAACAAGGCGUAUACCGGAGGAAUUGCUGAACAUCCUCGACGAUUCAGAUCCGGUUAGUGGACCAGAUCCGGCGAUUCAGGGACUCGAUUCGGUCAUCAGGAGUUUCGAAGAAGAGAUCUUAUUUCCGGAACAGGUGGCUUUACCGGAAACGAUAUUGGAUUCCGGAGAGUCGAGGCCUGAGUUAGGGUUUCUAUUUGAAGCUUCGGAUGAUGAACUGGGUUUGCCACCGGGUUUGCCACCGAGUUUACCGUCGGUUGAGGUGGAGCAGAGAUUUGAGACCGCCUUUGAUGUGGAUGAAGGUGGAGGGUCAGGCGGCGUUGGAUUUGGGGAAAUGAUGGGGAGUGAGUUCCCGAUUCCGAUCUACGAACCGUUUGAAUUCGGAAUCGGCGUUGACUCAGAUACCAAUAACAAUAUCCAUAGUAAUAAUACCGGUGAUUUUGUGGCGUUAGGAGGGUUGUUUGAACCGGCGGCUGAUAUUUCGGAGCUGACGUGGCGGCCUGAAUCACUUUCCGCCUUGUAG